GGCACUGCUCCGGCCACCUCUCGGCCUGGGGCCUGGCGGCGUCUUGGGCGACCCGGGGACAAGAUGGCGGCGCCCUUGUGUCGUGCCGCGCUGUUCGGGAGUCGGGCGUGGCGGGGCUUCAGCACGUCGGGCGCCCUGCGCCGCCGGAGCGCCCCGCUGGGGCCCAUGCCCAACGCGGACAUCGACGUGAGCAACCUGGACCGGCUGCAGAAGUACCGCAGCUUCGACCGCUACCGGCGCCGGGCGGAGCAGGAGGCGCGAGCCCCGCACUGGUGGCGCACCUACCGGGAGCAUUUCGGGGCGGAGACGAAUCCCAAAGAUAAAAUUGACAUUGGGCUGCCCCCACCCAAGGUCUGCAAGACCCAACAGCUACGGGAACGGAAACGGAUCCGGCGCGAGCUUCGGGCCAAGGUGGAAGAGGAGCGGGCUGCUCGCCUUGGAACCGCCAGCGUCCCACUGGAGUCUGUGCGGGCUGAGUGGGAGAGGACGUGUGGCCCCCACCACAAGCAGCGCCUUGCUGAGUAUUAUGGCCUGUACCGAGACCUAUUCCAUGAUGCCACUUUCGUGCCCUGGGUCCCCCUGCGCGUGGCGUACGCCGUGGGCGAGGAAGACCUGGUACCCGUGUACUUCGGCAAUGAAGUGACCCCAACCGAGGCAGCUCAGGCACCGGAGGUAACCUAUGAGGCCGACCAGGGUUCCAUGUGGACGUUGUUACUCACUAACUUAGAUGGACACCUGCUGGAGCCAGAUGCUGAGUACGUCCAUUGGCUAGUAACCAACAUCCCAGGCAACAGAGUGGCCGAGGGACAGGAGACGUGUCCCUACCUACCCCCCUUCCCCGCCCGAGGCUCCGGCUUCCACCGCCUCGCCUUCCUGCUCUUCAAGCAAGACAAGCCAGUUGACUUCUCGGAGGACACCCGCCCCUCGCCAUGCUAUCAGCUGACCCAGCGGACCUUCCACACUUUUCAUUUCUACAAGAAACACCAGGAAGCCAUGACCCCAGCAGGCCUGGCCUUCUUCCAAUGCCGCUGGGAUGACUCAGUCACCAGCACCUUCCACCAACUUCUGGACAUGCGGGAGCCCGUGUUUGAGUUUGUGCGGCCACCCCCUUACCACCCCAAGCAGAAGCGCUUCCCCCACCGGCAGCCCUUGCGCUACCUGGACCGGUACAGGGACAGCCAUGAGCCCACCUAUGGCAUCUACUGACUGUACCCAGUGGGGUGCGUCCGCUCUCCUGGGCCUGCUGGGAAGGGCCCUGGGGCCAGCUUGGAGGUCUGUCCUGAGGCAGGCCCUCUGUGGAUGGCAGUGAGGACAUAAGUGGAGGGAAUAAAGAGAUUUCUAUCUGCUGCU